GCCGGAAUCUGACGUCCGGUUUAGCUCAGGAAAAUAGGUUUGCCUGACUUCCGGUCCACAGUAUUGUCAAUGACGCUCUUUGACGAGAUUUUUGCCAAAGUUUUUCGCCUUUAAAGAUGAGGGAAACCUUUGAAAAAGACCCCAUACAUGUUUCUGAUUUAUAUGGUCCGAGGAUUUCAGAAUGGAGGGAUAGGGAAUUACAACUAUCCCGACUGCACGAGGAAAUAGUGGGAAAACGCGAGAGUCAUCUAAAUUAUAGUUUAGCUUAUGCACAGAACAGAGCAAAGAGACUUCAAACAAACCAGCUAGUAGAUAUCGAAAAAUCCAGACAAAGGAAUGAAAAAUACUUACAGGAUGUUAUGCUAAUAAGUGAGAAUUUGAGAGUAGAUGAAAGCAACCCAGUAAGCCCUAGACUGGCCACUCUUCAGCUCUGAAUCUGUUCGAUCAAAUUACUGGGCCAUGGUUAAAAGCCUCAAACCAUUGUGGGAAGAAAAUCUACAACCAACCAACCUUAGGUCAUCUAGGACAGAACUCAGGGGUACACCCAGGGCAGAAUCCCUCAACAGCGCUCGGGGGCAGCAAACGGGGGCAGGGGCAAUACCGGGAAGUGCACGAUCUCAGAAAUCCACCAGCGUUAAUUUCAGGGCUACCGAGCCGAACAUUGCCAAACAGACUGUGCAAAAACCUGAGAGAAAAUCUAUAUCAAAGAAAAAUAAAACAAAAUAACAAAGGCUUUAACAUUUGAAAUGUCAAGUAUUUUACAAUUUAUUCACUGUCCUGGGAGCUGUGUAGAUUUCCCCCACACUGAAUUGCUGUUGUAUGUCUCAGGCAAUAAAUGAGUAAAUGUUGUUAUCACCCACGUAUUUGUACAGCAUGUAGAAAUAGCAAAGGCAUUUUACAUGUAAAGUGUAUACUAAUCAUUAAGGAUGAAAAGACAUUUCAUAUUGUUUUCAUCCCCCUCUAAAACACCUCAGAUAACCUGAAGUCUUAUAGAACAGUCAUUUUACCACUGUUCCUAAGGCUUAAUAAACUUUAAUGAUUAUAUUGCCAAAAAUAUCAUUAGGUAUAUAUGUAUUUUUAUUUUUUUGAAUACCAUUCAUUCAUUUAUUAUCUUACAGUAUUUACGUUUACAUUUCUCCAUGUUUUUUCUAUCAAAAGUUGAUUUCCUUGUUUGCUCAGUGCUUAGAAAUGCAGGAACCUUAGUAUGGUGUAAGUUUUUUUUUAUGUUUUCUAUAAAAGAAAUGUGUUAAGAGCUGUUUCAAAUGUAUCUUAUGAUUACAUUACAUGUACCAUUACAUGUAUAAAUAUAUGGCAUUAAUAAAAUUGAUAUUAUAGAAAUA